UUUUGCCUUAUGAUACCAUAGAUAAGCAUGCCUGGCGUUGCAGUCUUCAGGCUUGGGGACAAGAUGGUGCCUGGUUUCUGCACCAAGUUCUAUCCAUAAGCCCCUCUGAGUUCAAUGGGAUCUACUCUCAGGUCUGUACUGUGCAGACCAUGCCGGCCUUACGAAGUGGGGAGAGGAGUAAACAGAGGAAAUUGGAACCACUGGAAAGGUUUAUAAAUGGGGUUUCUGUUGGGAAGGGGCUGCCCCAUUUGUGCUUUUCCAGGGGCAGGAGAAUCCAGUGAGAGCCAGUGUGGGGUAGUGGUUAAGAGCGGUAGACUCGUAAUCUGGGGAACCGGGUUCGCGUCUCCGCUCCUCCACAUGCAGCUACUGGGUGACCUUGGGCUAGUCACACUUCUCUGAAGUCUCUCAGCCCCACUCACCUCACAGAGUGUUUGUUGUGGGGGAGGAAGGCAAGGAGAAUGUUAGCCGCUUUGAGACUUCUUCGGGUAGUGAUAAAGCGGGAUAUCAAAUCCAAAGUCUUCAUCUUCUCUUCUUCUCCCCUGCAGGGCCGCUGAGGCUCCCUUUGUUUCUUCCUCUCUCCCAGGACCCUGCAGCUUGUGGUGGCUCCUUGACUCCUCAGGAAGGAUAAAAGAGAUGGAUCCUGCAAAGCUAGCGAGGAUGGAAGGGGGAAGAUGGACGGUUGACCUGGUCAGGUUGUCUCCUGCAUCCCUCCCCACAACGUCUGAGUGUUCCUCUCUAGGGCUCUCAGAGAGAUCUGGUGGUGAUGAAUUAGAAAUGCAGAAUGGGGGAGACCAUGACAAAAUCCACACAGUGGAGAAGCCAUAUCAAAAUUGGAAGUAUGGAGAGAGCUCCAGUCAGAGUUUCCGUUCCCACCAAAGAACUCACAGUGAGAAGAAAGGCUAUCAGUGCUCAGAAUGUGGGAAGAGCUUCAGUCGGAAGGACAGUCUCACUUCUCAUCACAGAAUUCAUACAGGAGAGAAACCCUAUCAGUGCUUGGAAUGUGGGAAGAGCUUCAGUCAGAGUGGGGCUCUCACUUCCCACAAAAGAAUUCAUACAGGAGAGAAACCCUAUCAGUGCUUUGAAUGUGGAAAGAGCUUCAGUCACAGCACCCAUCUCACUUCCCACAAAAGAAUUCAUACAGGAGAGAAACCCUAUCAGUGCUUUGAAUGUGGAAAGAGCUUCAGUCAGAGCAUCCAUCUCAUGUCCCAUCAAAUAAUUCAUACAGGGGAGAAACCCUAUCAGUGCUUGGAAUGUGGAAAGAACUUCAGUCAGAGUGGGGGUCUCACUUCCCACAAAAGAAUUCAUACGGGGGAGAAACCCUAUCAGUGCUUGGAAUGUGGGAAGAGCUUCAGUCAGAGCAGCAGUCUCGCUUCCCAUCAAAUAAUUCAUACAGGGGAGAAACCCUAUCAGUGCUUAGAAUGUGGAAAGAACUUCAGUCAGAGCAGCAGUCUCGCUUCCCAUCAAAUAAUUCAUACAGGGGAGAAACCCUAUCAGUGCUUGGAAUGUGGAAAGAGCUUCAGUAAGAGCAGCAAUCUCGCUUCCCAUCAAAGGAUCCAUACAGGGGAGAAACCCUAUCAAUGCUUGGAAUGUGGAAAGAGUUUUCGUCUGAGUGUGGCUCUCACUUCCCAUCAAAGAAUUCAUACAGGGGAGAAACCCUAUCAGUGCUUGGAAUGUGGAAAGAGCUUCAGUUGGAAGGACAAUCUCGCUUCCCAUCAAAGAAUUCAUACAGGGGUGAAACCCUACCAGUGCUUGGAAUGUGGGAAGAGCUUCAGAAAGAGGGCAGGUCUUACCCGCCAUCAAAGAACUCAUACAGUGGUACCUUAGGUUAAGAACUUAAUUCGUUCUGGAGGUUGAUUCUUAACCUGAAACUUUUUUUUUCUUUCAAAAAAUUUAUUAGUUUUUACAAUAUCAACGACAAACAAAAACAUAAAACAAACAAGACAUAACAAACAUAAAUCAUAACCUUAUUGAAAAUAACAGUUAUUUACUUUGUAAAACGACUUCCUCGUUUCCCCUUAGUUGAAUUUCAUUGCAUAUCCUUAUAACGGUUUUCCAAAUCCCAAUUUUAAUACCCUUUAAAUUAAACAUUAACAUCUUUAAAUCUUCUCCUUCUUGUAUUAAACAUAUUAUUUUAUCAGUUAACAUAAAUACAAUCCUAAGCCCUUUAAGUAUCUGGACGCUAUUUCCAGUUAUUUUAGCUUAACAAAUUUAGCUAAAUAAUCAUUAAAUUUCUUCCAUUCUUCGUGGUGUUCCUCCUCCUUCUGGUCGCGUACGGCUAGCUCCAUAAAAUCCAUCAUCUUCAUCUGCCAUUCUUCUACUCUUGGUAAUUCUUGAGAUUUCCACUUUUUAGCUAACAAAAUACAAGCCGCAGUUGUGGCAUACAAAAAUAGAUUAACAUCUUUCUUGGUCAAUUCCAACCUGAAACUCUUCUUAACCUGAAGCACCACUUUAGCUAAUGGGGCCUCCCGCUGCUGCCACGCUGCUCCCUCACAAUUUCUGUUCUCACCCUGAAGCAAAGUUCUUAACCUGAGGUACUAUUUCUGGGUUAGCGGAGUCUGUAACCUGAAGCGUCUGUAACCUGAGGUACCACUGUACAGGGCAUGAAGCGUAAUAGAAAUGUGGAAACAGCUUCUCUUCCAAGAGGAGUCUAGCUUCCCAUGAAGAAAUUCAUGUGAUUGAGCAGGUGGUUGCUGAAGAACUCCAGGCAUGCCUGGAGGAUGGGGACCAUUUGGAUCCCUUCCAAUCGGGAAUCAGGCCUCAUAUUGGGACUGAAACUGCCUUGGUUGUGCUGGUCGAUGAUCUCCGGCACGCUAGGGACAAUGGUGAAAGCUGUUUCCUGGUUCUGCUGGAGCUCUCAGUGGCCUUUGACACCAUCGACCACGACAUCCUUCUGCACCGUCUUCAGGGGCUGGGAGCUGAGGGUUAUACAGUGGAUCCACUCCUUCCUCCUGGGCCGUGUUCAGAAAGCGGUGGUGGGGGAUCAGUGUUCAGACCCCUGGGCUCUCACUUGUGGGGUGCCUCAGGGUUCCAUCCUCUCCCUCAUGCUUUUUAACAUCUACAUGAAGCUCCUGGGAGAGAUCAUCAGGGGGUUUGGGCUGGGUGUUCAUCAGUAUGCGGAUGAUACCCUGCUCUAACUCUCUUUUAAAUCGAAACCAGUGAAAGCGGUGAAGGUCCUGUGUGAGUGUCUGGAGGCAUUUGGAGGAUAGAUGGCAGGUAAUUGAUUGUGGUUGAAUCCUGACAAGACAGAAGUGCUGUUCUUGGGUGACAGGGGGCGGGCUGGUGUUGAGGACUCGCUUGGGCUACUGCAACACAUUCUAUGUGGGGCUACCUUUGAAGGUGACCUGGAAACUACAACUAAUCCAGAAUGCGGCAGCUAGACUGGUGACUGGGAGUAGCUGCCGAGACCACAUAACACCGGUCCUGAAAGACCUACAUUGGCUCCCAGUACAUUUCUGGACACAAUUCAAAGUGUUGGUGCUCAUCUUUAAAGCCCUUAACCGCCUUGGCCCAGUAUACCUGAAGGAGUGUCUCCACCCCCACCCCUAUGUCUGGACACUGAGGUCCAACACCAAGGGUCUUCUGCUGGCUCCCUCACUGCGAGAAGUGAAAUUACAGGGCCUUCUCGGUAGUGGCACCCGCCCUGUGGAAUGCCCUCCUACCAGAUGUCAAAGAAAUAAACAACUGUCUGACUUUGAGAAGACAUCUCAAGGGAGCCCUGUUUAGGGAAGCUUUUAAUAUGUGAUGAAUUAUUGUAUUUUAAUAUUUUGCUGGAAACUACCCAGAGUGGUUGGAGAAACCCAGCCAGACGGACGGGGUAUAAAUCAAUUAUUGCUAUUGUUUUAA